AUGCAUCUGCUCUUUGAAAAUGUGAUCAAGAACCUUGUUCUUCUCUGGACCGGCAAAUACAAGGAGCUUGAUGAAGGCAGUGGGGAGUAUGAGUUUCCAAAGGGAGUUUGGGAAGCUAUUGGUGCGGCCACUGCUGCCUCAGGUUCUGACAUUCCUGGCAUUUUUGCUGCUCGUCCACCAGAUGUUUCGGCAGAUAAGAUUGCUUUCACUGCAGACACUUGGUCAUUUUGGCUUCUCUAUAUUGGGCCGGUGGUACUUCAUAACAGAUUUCGAAGACCAAUCUAUUACAAUCAUUUCAUGAAACUCUCACGUCUAGUUCACCUUUGCCUUCAGUUCGAGUAUACCCAGAAAGACAUUCAGGAUAUCCGCCUUGGGUUUUCUAGCUGGGUUGAGGAAUAUGAAAAACUGUAUUAUCAGAACCUGCCCAGUCGUCUCUCCGCAUGUCCACUCACCAUUCAUGGCCUUCUCCAUAUUGCUGAUAGCAUUGAGCAAAUCGCUCCUGUGUGGGCAAGUUGGGCCUUUCCCACAGAACGUUUCUGUGGCCAGCUUCAACCAGCCAUCAAGAGUCGGCGCUAUCCCUUUGCAAACAUUGACAAUUACAUCUCUGCUAAUGCACAACUUUCGCAUAUUAAAAUACUCUAUGGUCUUGAAGAUGACCUCAAUCUGAAGCGGAAAACCACUCUUGGAACACAUUUUGCACAUCCAGAUUAUCCUACAUGCAUACUUCUUCCCCCCCAGAGACCAGCUUCCACUGUCACCCAAUUCUGGACAGAUAAAAUCUGCGUUGCCCUUGCAACCCGCUAUAAUACCUCCAUCCAAACUAUCCGCAAAUACCUCUCAACUGAUAACAUAGAAAGAUGGGGGAAAGUCCGCCGACUAAAUGGUGGAGACAGUAUGAAUGCUUCAAGUCUAGUCCCAAUUGCAGAAGAUCGCCGGGAUGCUACUUUCAUCCGUUAUGAGCUUCUUGUUGACAGGAAUGCAAGGUCCCGCAAAAAAAGAUCGGAAUUCACCCUUCAAGCAUUCUAUGGCCAGCUGCAACAUAUCUUUGUUGUCACACUUAAAUCUACACUGGUCCUUGGAAUUGACAUAGAUACAACCCUCAUUUUGGCCGGAAUUCAGCGUGCAGAGAUGAAGAAUUUCUAUUCAACUGGUCUUUUCUCCUCAACAAAAAUGGGAUUGAGCGAAGUCGUGGAUAUGACCAGUGUACAGUGUCUCAUUGGUCGAAUCAAAGCUGGAACACAUGGUUGGGUAGUAUUGGACCGAACAGGAGUUCAACAAUGGGCAAUGCAUGUAACAGACACGUAA